CUCUUAUAAGUGCAUGACCUAUCUAAUAUAUUCUUACUAGUGUAAUUUACUCAAACCGCAUGAGGCAACUGUUUUUUAAAGCUACUCUGUAUUUAAUACACCUCCAAAUUCCUAAUCUCCAAUCAUAUACAGUAUUUUUCAUAUCCAGUAAUCACAGCAAUAUCUAUGGGAAUUUGGGGUAGGAGAAAAUCUUUCUUGUUCAUCUUCUUUUACAUAAUCUUGUCUGUUUUUGUUCCAUGGACAUUAGAAUCUUGUCAUUUGGUUGAUAAAACAUCUCUGUUAGACUUCAAGAAAAAAGUUACUUCUGAUCCUUCAAACUUAUUGCAAACAUGGACACUUACAACUGAUUGUUGCAAAUCUUGGGAAGGUAUUGCUUGUGAUUCCAAUGGCAGGGUUGUUAAUGUCUCUCGCCCUGGCCUUGCUUCAGGGGACGAUUUCAUUAUCGAUACUUCAAUUUCUGGAACACUUUCUCCUUCUCUUGCCAACCUCUCUUUUCUUGAAUUGCUUGAUCUUAGUAAUCUCAAGGACUUAACAGGGCAAAUUCCCCCUGAAUUUGGCAAGUUAUCGCGCUUGAGUUACCUCUUUAUUGAUUCUAACAAACUCUCCGGAUCUAUACCUGUCACGUUUAAAUAUCUGUACCAACUCAAGAAGCUUUAUCUAAGUGAUAAUACUCUUUCUGGUACUAUCCCUUCAAGUAUUUUUCAAAGUUGUGUUUCACUAUCAGAACUUGGUCUAUCAGCAAAUCAGCUUUCAGGUCCAAUACCAUCUUCAAUUGGGAGUUUAUUAUCAUUGACCAAGCUUGAUAUGAGCAAAAAUAUGUUCUCUGGAAGCAUUCCAGAGAGUAUAGGAAGACUCAAGAAUCUUGAUUAUGUUGAUUUGUCUGAAAAUCAGUUAUCUGGAAAGAUUCCAAACUCUAUUGGAAACCUUUCCCAAGUAUCUCUAAUGUAUCUGAACCAAAACCAAUUGAGAGGGAAAAUUCCUUCAUCAAUAUCUGGUCUUAGUUCAUUGGUGUUCUGCCGUUUAUCGGAAAACCAGCUGAGUGGCACUAUGCCACCUUCCAUUGGCAAUCUUCCAAAGAUCCAAAGGCUAAUAUUAGAGAACAACAAGCUUAGUGGAAAACUGCCUGCAACACUUGGACAUCUUGUAACUCUCACUGAUAUGUACUUUUCCAAUAACCUUUUUACAGGCAAAAUUCCAUCAAGUUUUGGCAAUCUAAAGAACCUAAUGGCACUAGAUCUGUCGAAAAAUAAGCUCAGUGGUGAAAUUCCUUAUCAGCUUGUAAAACUAGAGAGCUUACAGAUAUUGGAUCUGUCAUUUAAUCCUCUGGGGCUUUCAAGAAUACCAAACUGGUUCAAGAAACUACCACUGUUUCGUCUCAUUUUGGUGAAGACUGGGAUCAGAGGGAAACUUCCAAGUUGGUUGGCUUCAUCAUCAUUAUCAACACUUGAUUUAUCCAACAAUGCUUUGACAGGAAAAUUACCUACAUGGAUUGGUAAUAUGACCAACCUUUCAUUAUUAAAUUUGUCAAACAACGCCUUCCAUUCAUCGAUCCCUGAUGAGUUCAGGAACCUAUCACUUCUGAUGGAUCUUGAUCUUCACUCCAACAGAUUUUCAGGCAACUUGAAAGCAAUUUUCUCCAAGAAGUUUCAAGACCCUCUAGGCCGCUACAAUUCUAUUGAUCUUGCAUACAACAUGUUCAAUGGACCAAUAGACGAAAACAGCGGAAAUGAACCUGUCAUGGACUCUAUUUUGUCACUAAGUUUGUCCCACAAUCCAUUGACAGGACACAUACCAAAAUCACUGGGAAAUUUGACAAGCUUGGAGGAAAUAAAACUAGCCGAGAAUGGGCUAACAGGUGGAAUUCCAAUAGAACUUGGGAACGCCAAGGAACUGAAAACAAUUAUACUUUCAAAUAACAAUUUGGGAGGUGCAAUACCAGCUGAAGUUCUGAAUUUGAAAGACCUCCAAGAAUUUGAUGUGUCGGGAAAUCGACUAAGUGGUAGAAUCCCUCCUCAUAAAGCUAAUAUCCCAAAGUCUGCAUUUUUUGGGAAUAAUAACUUGUGUGGAGCUCCACUUCCUCCUUGUAAGCACACAUAGUAUCUACAAUGAGGAAACUUUCAAACACAAUAUUUCCCUUUUCUUUAUUUAUUUUUCAUUUUCGACAUGAUUGUUCGCCAAAAUGCAUUGUAAUUCAGUUGUACUCACUCAAAUACAUGAAAAUCAUAAGUUAUUCUGACCA